GGGGAAGGGCGUGGUGGGAAGCUCUGUCGGCGGUCGCGCCAGCUGUUCCCCGGGCAGGGUCGCCUCUAGGCGCUCACCUCCGCCACUUCGCCAUGGCGGGUCCUGGCCCGGGCGCGGUGCUGGAGUCCCCCCGGCAGCUGCUGGGCCGCGUGCGCUUCUUGGCAGAGGCCGCGCGGAGCCUCCGCGCCGGGCGGCCGCUGCCGGCAGCGCUGGCUUUCGUGCCGCGAGAGGUGCUCUACAAGCUUUACAAGGACCCAGCGGGACCGUCGCGCGUGCUUCUGCCGGUGUGGGAGGCAGAGGGCCUGGGGCUGCGUGUGGGCGCCGCAGGCCCAGCCCCCGGUACCGGCUCCGGGCCCCUCCGCGCCGCCCGCGACGGCAUUGAGCUCCGGCGCGGCGCCUGCGUGCGCACCACGGGCGAGGAGCUGUGCAACGGCCACGGGCUCUGGGUGAAGCUGACAAAGGAGCAGCUGGCAGAGCACCUGGGCGACUGCGGGCUGCAGGAAGGCUGGCUGCUGGUGUGCCGCCCGGCGGAGGGCGGAGCCCGCCUGGUACCCAUCGACACUCCCAACCACCUCCAGCGGCAGCAGCAGCUCUUUGGCGUGGAUUAUCGGCCGGUGCUCAGGUGGGAACAGGUGGUGGACCUGACAUACUCACAUCGCCUGGGAUCGAGACCUCAGCCGGCAGAGGCAUACGCAGAAGCUGUACAAAGGCUACUCUAUGUACCCCCGACAUGGACCUACGAGUGCGACGAGGACCUGAUCCACUUCUUGUAUGACCACCUGGGCAAGGAGGAUGAGAACCUGGGUAGCGUGAAGCAGUAUGUGGAGAGCAUAGACGUUUCCUCCUACACGGAGGAGUUCAACGUGUCCUGCCUGACAGACAGCAAUGCCGAUACCUACUGGGAGAGCGAUGGGUCCCAGUGCCAACACUGGGUACGGCUUACUAUGAAGAAGGGCACCAUUGUCAAGAAGCUGCUACUCACAGUGGAUACCACAGAUGACAACUUUAUGCCAAAGCGGGUGGUGGUCUAUGGGGGCGAAGGGGACAACCUGAAGAAGCUGAGUGACGUGAGCAUUGACGAGACCCUCAUCGGGGAUGUCUGUGUCCUGGAGGACAUGACCGUCCACCUCCCGAUCAUCGAGAUCCGCAUCGUGGAGUGCCGAGAUGAUGGGAUUGAUGUUCGUCUCCGAGGGGUCAAGAUCAAGUCGUCUAGACAGCGGGAACUAGGGUUGAAUGCAGACCUGUUCCAGCCAACUAGUCUGGUGCGAUAUCCACGCCUAGAAGGCACCGACCCUGAAGUACUGUACCGCAGAGCUGUCCUCCUGCAGAGGUGGCUGUGGUCCUGGACCUAUGGGCCCUUCCCUUCCCCCAACAUUGAGCCUUGUGUGUCUGCAUGGAGGAGGUUCCCAAGGUCUCAUAGUAUAAGCUGUUCAAGGGUCAGAGAAGCCACCAGUCAAUCUUUAUCUACCCAUGCCAGAUUCAUCAAGAUCCUCGAUAGUGUCCUGCACCACCUGGUACCUGCCUGGGACCACACACUGGGCACCUUCAGUGAGAUUAAGCAAGUGAAGCAGUUCCUACUGCUGUCCCGCCAGCGGCCCGGCCUGGUGGCUCAGUGCCUGCGUGACUCUGAGAGCAGCAAGCCCAGCUUCAUGCCACGCCUAUACAUCAACCGCCGUCUUGCCAUGGAACACCGUGCCUGCCCCUCUCGAGACCCUGCCUGCAAGAAUGCAGUCUUCACCCAGGUAUAUGAAGGCCUCAAGCCCUCUGACAAAUAUGAAAAGCCCCUGGACUACAGGUGGCCCAUGCGCUAUGACCAGUGGUGGGAGUGUAAAUUUAUUGCAGAAGGCAUCAUUGACCAAGGGGGUGGUUUCCGGGACAGCCUGGCAGAUAUGUCAGAAGAGCUGUGCCCUAGCUCAGCGGAUACCCCCGUGCCCCUGCCUUUCUUUGUACGCACAGCCAACCAGGGCAAUGGCACUGGUGAGGCUCGGGACAUGUAUGUACCCAACCCCUCCUGCCGAGACUUUGCCAAGUAUGAAUGGAUCGGACAGCUGAUGGGGGCUGCCCUUCGGGGUAAGGAGUUCCUGGUCCUGGCCCUGCCUGGUUUUGUGUGGAAGCAGCUUUCUGGUGAGGAGGUGAGCUGGAGCAAGGACUUCCCAGCUGUGGACUCUGUGCUGGUGAAGCUCCUGGAAGUGAUGGAAGGAAUGGACAAGGAGACGUUUGAGUUCAAGUUUGGGAAGGAACUAACAUUCACCACUGUACUGAGUGACCAACAGGUGGUGGAGCUGAUCCCUGGGGGUGCAGGCAUCGUCGUGGGAUAUGGGGACCGUUCUCGUUUCAUCCAACUGGUCCAGAAGGCACGGCUAGAGGAGAGCAAGGAGCAGGUGGCAGCUAUGCAGGCAGGUCUGCUGAAGGUGGUACCACAGGCUGUGCUGGACUUGCUGACCUGGCAAGAGUUGGAGAAGAAAGUGUGUGGGGAUCCAGAGGUCACUGUGGAUGCUCUGCGCAAGCUCACCCGGUUUGAGGACUUCGAGCCAUCUGACUCGCGGGUGCAGUAUUUCUGGGAGGCACUGAACAGCUUCACCAACGAGGACCGGAGCCGCUUCCUGCGCUUUGUCACGGGCCGCAGUCGCCUGCCAGCACGGAUCUACAUCUACCCAGACAAGCUGGGCUACGAGACCACAGACGCGCUGCCCGAGUCUUCCACUUGCUCCAGCACCCUCUUCCUGCCACACUAUGCCAGUGCCAAGGUAUGCGAGGAGAAGCUCCGCUAUGCGGCCUACAACUGCGUGGCCAUCGACACUGACAUGAGCCCUUGGGAGGAGUGAGGCGUGCCGCCGGCUGUGGGACCAGCAAGACUGCACGUGUCCCUCUUGGCCUUGCCCAGGGUGAAGACACCUUCCCUGCCCUGGUUUGGCUGACGUGCUCAGCAAAACCCCAUGUGCCCCACUCCUGUGUGCAGUUGGGGUAGGGGCAGCUGGCGUGGUCAGGUGAACACUAGUGGCCCAGCCCCGCAGACCCACAAGCCCUACCCGUGCUGGGGCUUGCUUCCCGAGGUAUUUCACCUCUUAAGAGGGAAUCUUCCACAAGCCCAGCACAAGCUGCCAGGCCUGAGCUACUUGAAGGGGGCCAUCUAGGUCCCCAACCCAUGGAGUUUGCCUCCAUUUUCAGCUCCACCUUUUUUCUCCUAUUUUCUCUCUGGCUUUCUUCAGCCAUGACUCACAACUAAAAACAUAAAACACUGGAGGUUAGUGGAGGCCCCUCCCCAAGCAGGGAGCCUGGGAUGGGCAGGGAGUGAUAGCCAAACUCCUUGGUCACCUGCUCCAAGAAGGAAGCAGUAGCUGAGCACCUGCCCUCACAUACUGCUCUUUUCCCCUCUCCCUCCAUACCAGAGAUGUGGUGAGCUCUGUUCUUCUACCAACCCAGUCUCAACACACAAAGUGCCACCACCUUCCCUGACUCAGAACCCACAUCCACUCAAUGUGAACUCUACUACCACGACCUCCCCAUAUUCCUCACUUCUCCAUCACCUCCAGCCUGACUCCCUGUCUGCCCUUUCACCCCCAAGAUUUUGUACAGGUUAAGGCCAGUUAUGGCCUUUUUGAAAUCUGUAAUAGCUCCCCUUUCCCCAACUCUAAAGCCUAGACCUUAAACCUGUUCCUAGAGCUAUGCACACCCCUGCCCCAGUUUACCGUUCCUCCCUCAGGGCCUCCGUGACACUCCAUGAAAAGAAGUUCUUGCAUACCGGAAAGUUGAAUAAAUGGAUGAAUUCA